UAGACACACUGACACUUCAGAACCAGUGGAGAUCGUUACGACUCUAUAUUUUAUAAUUGGGAACAUUAUUGUUAUUAGCAUUAAUAUUAUUAUCAGUUUGAUUAGGCGUUGUUUAGAAAUGUCCGGUUUUACUUUGCACGAUUUUUGUAAGUUUGGAUUCUUUACAUAUCUCGUGCUUUUUUCAUUUGUUUCAGUAACAUCUUCGGUCAGCCUGGAUUUGACUGAACUGAGGAACAAAGUAGCAAAGAUCAAAGUCAAUCCCAGAGGAAAUCUAUGGGCAACAGGUCAUUUUAUGGGGAAGAAAAGCGUUGUAGAAAGCGCGCUGUUACCGCACGAUACUGACGCUUCAAUAAGCGCGUUUGAAGCCGCUUUAAAUCCUCAACAGGUCGAACCUAAUGAUGAUCUUUAUCAGGAGGUUCUUAAAACUGCACUGCAAGCCCGACUCGACUCAGAGGACAGCCGCCCCAAAAUCCCGGAGACUGCAUUAUUCAUGGGGAUAUUAGAGAACUACAUCCAAGGCAACAGAAAGUGGUGAUGGUGAAAUCUUUUCCACAGAGACAGACAACUGGCUCAACCCUCCAAAGACCUUCAGCAUGUACAUGUACAGCCUGAUUGUAAUAUUGUUUUUUUUUUUGUUUCUUUUUUUUAGUUCAUAAAUUCGAACAUCAGCCAUUAUAAUAUAUUUAACUAAAGACUGUGUUUUUUGUUUUUGAUAAAGUGUUGCAGUCUAGUGUUUAUAUUUAACUGUUUGCAUUUAAUAACCACAAAUACUAGCGAAGUUGUUCUCUGGAAAGCUCAGCAUUGCACAGCAUAAUAAAGUGAGAAUGGCUUUCAAAACUGUCUC